CUCCCCGGCGGAGCGAUAUAAAAAGAGGCCAGGUUGCAGCAAACUACAUUCGUUUUCCAGCAGAGAAGUAGAAACUGCAGUAGCUAAAGCAUCAUCGAAAGCAACAUGAGAGUUUACCACUUGCUGCUGAUUACAUUCGGCUUGGCGGCGAUCGCCGGCUGUCGAGAGGCUCUCGCCCAUCCACCUAGGGAAGAACCACCGCCUUGUACCCCACCUCCACCACCGUGCACCACUACGCCCUGCCCUCCUCCUCCGCCACCGUGUACUACCACACCAUGUCCACCACCACCACCACCACCCUGCACCACCACCCCGUGCCCACCUCCACCACCACCACCCUGCACCACCACCCCGUGCCCACCUCCACCACCACCACCCUGCACCACCACUCCGUGCCCACCUCCUCGUCCACCACCUCCCCCACCUUGCGAGCCACUUCCACCACCUCCUCCACCACCACCACCACCGUGCACACCAACUCCCCCACCGUGCACCAGGACUCCACCACCACCUCCGUGCACCAGGACCCCACCACCACGUCCGUGCACUAGGACUCCACCACCACCGCCGUGCACCAGGACUCCACCACCACGCCCGUGCACCAGGACUCCACCACCGCCACCAUGCACUAGGACUCCACCACCACCUCCGUGCACCAGGACUCCACCUUGCACCCCCUCCCCCCCGCCUUGCACCACAACCACGUGCGAGCCGCCUAAGAACGGAACCGAUAUUGAGGGUGGCGGUGGAAUCGCUAACCAAACCAUUACUGGUGAUGGUUCCUUUGUAAGUGGAAUUGCCCAGGUGCUGAUCUCGCGCCACGACUGCCGCGGCCAGGACGACGGAACCUACCUGGCCGAUGUGCGUCACUGCCGCCGCUACUACAUAUGCAACCGGCAGAGGUCGAGGCGCCAGUCUUGCCCCAGCGGCUUCUGGUUCGAUCGCGAGCUGAAGACCUGCCGUCUGGCCAGCCUCGUCGACAACUGUAGCGCCAGGCGCAACUAAGUUGGCCAGUGUGCCCGUCGCUUGAGCAAAGGAAAUUGGCUAUACAGAAUUUUUUUUUUUCCGAUUUUUCAAAGAAUAUAGCUGAGCAAGUGUGAGUUAAUUGUUAACUAUCCCAAAGGAAUAAAUAAAUAUAUCACUGAUUAUACAAGAAAUAAA